CAUUUUGGGAAUUGUGACAGGUAAAAAUAUUGAUUAUUUCCAGUUAACAAAGUCGCCAAGCAACUAUUCGUUGUCGUCUGCAACAGAACUCCGCACAAAGAAUCAGAUUCUCUCAAAAUGAAGGAGAUUUUCACUCAGGAUGAACUUGAGGAGCUGUUGCGUAAAGCUGGACAGAAACUGGUCAUUAUCGACUUCUGGGCCACGUGGUGUGGGCCGUGUAAAGUCAUAGGACCCAUGUUUAAAAAACUGGCGAAUGAUCCUGAGUAUGAAAAGGAUGUAAUAUUUGCUUCUGUGGAUGUAGAUGAAGCUAAUGAACUUGCUGAGGAAGUGGGAAUAGAGUGUAUGCCUACCAUCAUGUUCUUUAAGGACCGAGAAAAGAUCGAUGAAAUGUCAGGCGCUAACAAAGCCAAACUAGUAGAAAAGAUAGAGGAGCUCCGGAAGAAAUGAGGAGAUGCCGAAUGAUGGACACAUUAGGGAAACCCCACCCUGAGUUUGUGAGACAGUAUGACGUUAGAUAAAAACCCUUUAUUUCAGUCCGGUUGUGAGUUAUGAACGAUAACAUUGUGUACAGAGAGGAUGAAUGACCCCAUUUGACAUCCUCCCCCUAAAAUGUACUGUAUUGUAAAACUGUUGUACAAGUAAAAUUGAUGAAAUAAACUGAAAAGAAAAAUAGAA